AUGGAGCAAAACAUCAUCAUAAACAAUUUUGAUGCAAUGGACGAUCUUGAUUUCAGUAUACCAAACAAUACAAAUAAAUCAUCAUUAUCAACUGAAGAAAUCGAUACUCGUUUCUGUUAUGAUUUUAAUGCACGGGAACAAUUUUAUGAGAUCGAUGUCGCAGAUUUAAAUAUGUCACUGUAUCCGGAUGAGCUUUUUAAAAGUUUGCUGAACGAAUUCAACCAGAUGCAAGGAUCUUCCGCUCCUAGUCCUAUUAUCGAUGCAAUCGCCGAACUAUUAGACGAGGAGCCAGGUAUACUGCAUCCAAUAGAAACUAAUGACAUGCCUGACCGAACACAAAGUACCGAUGAACAUCUAGCCAUGAUUAAACCGAGUGACCAUUCAUUACAAACAAGUCGUCAAUCUGUUGAGAAAUUACCGGCAAAAGGUCACUUGGAUUCAUCAAUAGAACUAUCAAAAUCGGUGGCUGUUACAGUUCCAACACCAAAUCAAUUAAAAAUUGUCUAUCAAUUAGAAGACACAUAUAGAGCACGAUAUAAAAGUGAUUACUUUCCUCAAAAUGGUUCAUGUCGGCGUCCACGUUAUGUCGCUGAUAAAGAAGGACAUCAUCAUAUUACGAUACAGAUGCCAAGUGAUUACAAACGUGAUCUUACUAAUGAAUACAUUCGCGUCGCAUUAAUAACAACAUCAAUUGACGAUCGUGGACAUUUUUAUAGUCCAUAUAAAUUUCAAACAGAUCAUCGUGAUUCUAAAGUACCCGAUCAGAAUCCAAUUUUUUUAUCUGCACAAGCUCAAAAACAGGAUAAAUUUACUAUGAAACUACAACUAGUUUUGAUAAAAUCAAAGCUAGAUCAAUUGAAUGACGCCCAACCAUUAAAACAUUUUCCGGAUACAAUCAGUAUACAAAAUAUUAUCAAUGAAGAAAAAUUGGCACCAAAAGAUUUGAUUAAUACAUAUCAACUGGAUAAAUCACACAUCGCAUUUACUCUGUGUACAAAAUUAUCUAAUGGUUCAUAUAAUAUUCACUCUGAAACCACAGUUAUUUCAUCAAUCAUAACAGAAUCACCAUCAAAACAGUUAGCAUCAUCAACGAAUAAAACAAAAACAAACAGAAACCCAAUAAAAAAGAUAAUAUGUUGCCCACAUUGUAAUCAUAGUUUUGAUCCAGCUAAUAUGAAAGUCACACAAAAAGAAACGAAACGAAAAUCAAAUCGCAGGGCAUCUCGUUCUUGUUCGAAAUUAGCAAAUAAGAAGCAGUCAACUAAAAAACGAAAGACCACUGAAUGA